AUGGAAAAGGAUAAAAAAGAAUUUCAAAAUAAAUAGGCUUCUAAAUUAGCUGAUAUUAUGAGUAAUUAGGCUCUUAUAGAAGAAGAGAAGAUUGUAUUCUUAAAAAAUAUAAAACUUGGAAGUCAUUUAUAUAUAGAUCCUUUAGUUGAUACCGUUAAGAAGACCUUAAAAUCAAAAUUUCCAUUCUAAACAAAAUUUAAUGCAUUAAUGGUAAAUAAAUUGUAUUAUUGUUAGCUUCUCAAAGAUGCUAUGGAUACAAGAAACAAAGAAAUAGCAAAUUAUGUAACUAUUAAAGUAUUGGAUCGUUUAAAAGCAAUAGCAAAAUAAUCACUAAAACCAGAUAAAAACAAACUAUUUACUCCACCAGAGUCUGGAGAUGAGUUUUAUUUACUAUUAUUAGAAUGCUUAUACAAUUGGUCUAUUUUUUUUCAAUUACCUGCUGAUUUGAAGAUGUAACCAAGUGCAUUUAAGAAUGCAUGUAGUGAAUUAUAAUAAGCAGGUAUUAGAUUUCCUACUUAAUUCAAAUAUUUUUAAAAUAUAGAUCUAUAGAAUAAAAAACCAGAGCAAACAGACUCAAAGUAAAAUUAAUAACAGCAAUAAAAAUAAUAAUAAUAAUAAUAAUAAUAAAAAGAAACACCUAAACCUUAGACUAAACCUUAAACUAAACCUUAAUCUAAACCUAAGAAAAAUGAAAAAUAAGCAUAUUAAAAAGCAAUCGAUUCAUUAAUGAGUUUAACUGGUCUUUUUAAGAUUAUUAUUGAUAUCUUAAGAGAAAAUGAAGAUAUUUCAUGUAAUAUUAUAAUAUAAUUUUAUUAGAUUUAUAAGAUUUCUGUUAAGAACUUUAAUAAGUUAUAAAUCCAAUUGAGACUCAAAUGUUUGAAUUAGAGGAAGAAGAUUAUCCAAAUAAAGAAUUGUUAACUGAGGAUCUAAUUAAACUUAGUUCUAAAGGAAAUGAAUUGGUUGCAGAUAUUUAAAAAUGUUAAAAGAAAUAGAUGUCAUGGAAUGUUCUAAAAAAUAAGCAUCAUCCUAAAUUACAAGAUUUUAUUUAAUCACUAAAAUUUCCUUAAGAUGAUCCAAAUUUAAAUGAAAAACAAAAUGAUGUAUAGGAUUAACCAAAAGAUAUAUAAUAAUCUGAUUAAAAAAUACAAGAAGGUCAAAAAUAAAUGCCUUAAAAUGAUAAUCCAUUUUUCUUCUCUUAAGUUGCUAAUUUUGAAAUAGAAGAUAUAGAAAAAACUAAGUCUGAUUUAAUUUAAUAAUAAUUACAAAAGUAAUAAUAGUAAUAAUAACCUAUUCCAACAGCUUAGAUAUAAAAAUAAUAAGAAACUCCUUAAAAAUAAUAAGAAUAAACUACUCCUAAGAUGGAUUAAUGGGAUUCAUAAUAAGUACCUGUAAUUUGGAAUUAGCCAGAAAAUACUAAAAUUCCUGAAAAUGAUAUCUAAUUUCCUGGAUUUGAAUAAAGGUAGGCUACAGAUCCAGAUAAUCAAUUUUAAACUUAAUGGAAUAUGCCUGAAUAAAAAUAAGAAUAUUUUGAUAAUCCAUUUUAAUUAUAAAAUUUUGAUAGCAAAGAUAAACAUAAUUUACCAUUUGAUUCAAAAAGACAUAAUACUGAUCCUGAUUCUUAAAAUGGUUGGGGAGUAUAAAAAUAAGAAUUUUAAGAAUAAUAAUGGGAUCCAGGAUUUAAUCCUUGGUAAAAUAUUAGAAAAGAUUCAAAGUAAGAUGAAGAAGUUGUUGUUGAGAAAAUGAGACCUACAAUAAUCCCUUAACCAUAAGAAUAAUAAUAAUAAAGAAAGAAAAAUCUUAAUCCAUUUGAGAGAUAAUUAUCAGUUACAUCUGAAGAUUAAAACUAAUAAUUUCCAAAGGAUGGAUUUACUGGUUUUUCUAAAGUUAUGGAUAAUAAAAGUGAAUUCAAGACAGAAGUUGAUAGUAAACCAGAUUCAAAUAUAUUUAAGUUUAAUGAUUAAGAUAUUGAUUUAGAGAUUAUGGCUGGAUCAUCUAAAUUAAGUAAGUAAGAUAGAUCUAAAAGUGUUGAUUCUUAAUAAGGUAUGCCUAUGCCAUAAAAUUAAUGGGAACCUUAAUCAAAUUUUUAAGAUUUUAAAAAUAAAGAAGUUGUUGCAGGAUAAAAUACAAAUUUUUAAUGGGAAGUGGAAAUUAAAAAAUAAGAUCCUGAUGAUUUUGUAGACCCAUAUGUUAAUAGAUUUGAAGAUGAUUUUAAUAAAAAAGAAGACAGAUAUGCUUACAAUGAUCAUUUUGAAAAUAGUACUAAAUUUGAUUAGUUUAAUAUAAAUGAUCAAAAUAAAUUUGAUAAUAAAUAUACUUUUGAUAUUUAACCAGAAUUUAAAACAAAUGAUAAUUAAAAGGAUACAAAAUUUCUAAAGAUUUAUAAUAAGGUUAUUGAAUUUUCUAUAGAUAAUUGUACAAAAACAGCAAGAAAGAGUGGGAUUAGAAUGGCUGAUGCAGAAGUAUAAGCAUCAGAAUAAAUACUAACAUUACUUAAAAAUAAUCCAUAGUAAGAGAUGGAACAUUAAGAAUAGAAAUAAAAAUUAAUAAAAGAAAUAUAAAAAUUGAAAUAAGAGAAUUAUGAAUAUUAAUAAGAAAUUAAAGAAUAAAAUUAAAUUAUUGAAAAAUAUGAAAAAGAUUUUUAAUCAUUUAAAUAAUAAUCAUCAAAAUGGACAGAUGCUUAAACAUCUCUUAAUAAUUAAUUAAUAAAUUUAAAUGAAUAUUAUAAAUAAUAAAAACAGUAGAUAUCUAUUCUAUAAGAGGAAAUUUCAAAAUUAUCAAAUGAAAAUUAAUAGUUAAAUGAUAAAUAUUGUGAAAGUAUUAAAUAGAUUUCUGAUUAUAAAUGUAAUGAAGAUUCAUUAAUGAAUAAAAUACGAAUAAUAGAGAAGUAAUUUAAAUAAAUUAGUUUUAAUCAUAAAUGUCCAAUAUAAUAAUAUUUAGAAUAAUAUCUCAAAGUUCCUAAUUUAAUUGAUAUUAAUAUGCCAACAAGACUUUCAGUUAUACCUAAAGAUAGUGAAAAAAAAACAACCAGAAUAGAAGUUAAAUAUGAUACUAGUUUAUUUAUGGAUAUUUUAAGAGGUUGUGCAUAACCAUAUUCUAAUGAAAUUGAUGAUUUUAAAUUUUCUAUAUUAAUGUCUAGAGCAGUUUUAUAUGAAGAUAAAGUUUUAUAAAUUGGAUGUAUAACUAAAAUAAAUGAUGAUGAUUUAAGUCUAUUAUUACAUAUUAGAAAUAAAAGCCAAAAUAAUAUCUCAAUUACAAAAAUUAAUUUGAUUGCUCCUUCAAGUACAAAUUAAAAUUAAAUAUUUAGAUAAUUAGUUAAAUAAAUCCAAUGUUUAAGAUGGUAGUGUUCUUUAAAAAUAUACAAAUUUUAAAAUCUAAUUGAAAUUUUAAUAUUAAGAAUUUAUGAAAUAACCAAUUUUAGAAUUUUCAAUAGAUGAUAAAUAAUAUCAUAUUUUGUUACCUGUUUCAUUAAUAAAAUUUGGAAUAUCUGAAGUAAUUGAUAUUGUAUGUUUAAAAGAAAAAUGGAAAAUUAAUAAAAGUAAUUUCUAAUUCUUACUAUUUAGAUAUGAAAUGUGUUAUAAAAUCUACUAUCAAUUAACCAAAUCAUAAAUUUAUUAAUUAACUAUUAGAUUUUAAAAGAUACUUUUAAACAUUAUAAUAAUUUGAUAAUUAUUUGAUGAUGUAAUUGAAUAUAAAUUAAAGUGAAUUUGGAAUUAAAUUUAAAGAAGACAGAUAACGUUAAUAAUUAAUAAUAAAGGUUCAAUCAAGUUAAUUGUUGAAAUCAAAAGCUGAAGAACUUAUAUAACAGUUAUUAUUCUUAUUUAGUGAAUGA